AUAUUGCAAGCAGAUGAUUUCUAAAUUUCUAAUUGUAAUUGUGGCAACGUAGCCAAAAGCACACGCUAUGGCCAGGGAUCGAAUCAAUUGAUAAGCCACGAUAAACACAUACACACUCACACAUAUAUAUACUUAAAUUGUUAUUCGAUGACGAUGGCGCUGAUAAGCAUUCAGUGGCACUGAACAAUUCCCAAUCGGGCCGAAAAAAUAACUAAAAAUCCACUGCCAAAACGUGAACCUGUAAAAGACAAGCAACCAGUUAAGAGAUAAGUAUUAAAGGAGCACCAUUGAUCCACUGAUCCACUGACCUGGCUACUGGCUAUGGAUGUAAUUCAGCGUGCUUUGUGGACAGCAUUGAGUGCCUUGGCGCUGCUCUAUGCACUGAUCAAAUUCCGUCUGGGGUAUUGGAAGCGACGGGGCAUUCUACACGAGAAACCCAAGCUGCUGUGGGGCAACAUCAAGAGCGUGUUGGCCGGUGGCAAGCGACAACAUGUGAGUGCCACGCUUCAGUGCAUCUAUGAGGGGUAUAAGGGACGAGCGCCCUUCAUUGGCUGCUAUGCGCUGCUCAAGCCAUUUGUAUUGCUGCUGGAUCUGGAGCUGGUGCGGCAUGUGCUGCACACACAUGAUGGUUACUUCACCAGUCGUGGCCUGUAUCACAAUGAGAGCGGCGAACCCUUGUCCGGCAAUCUCCUCCAGCUGGACGGGCACAAGUGGCGCACGCUGCACUCGCAGUCCAGCUGCGUGUUUACGCCCAUCAACAUGGAGAAGCUGCUGCCCAGGCUGCUUGAUGUGGCCAAGAGUUUCCAGCGCCAAAUGGCCGAGGCGGAGCAACUAAGGAACGUGAAUGUUAGCCAACUUGUGGAUAACUAUAAUGUGCAAAUGAUUGCCGCGCUGGCUUAUGGCUUGGUCGGGCAGGAUGUGUCGCAGUUUCACGCGAUGACCAGCAGCUAUUGGAGCAACUGGAGUCUGUGGCGCGCCUAUUUGUCGCUGGAGUUUCCACUGCUCGCCCGUUUGUUGCAGCACAAAAGCUACGCCGAACUGGCAACGGAUUACUUUCUGCAACAGACGCAGAUGCAGUUGAAGGAGCAGCGGCGCCGGGAUCGUCAGCCACUGCAGAACUUUAUGCAGCUCUACUCGCGCACGGAGCCAUCGCUGCGAGAUGAGCAGAUUGCGGCGCAGGCUUUUGGCUUCAUAUUGGCCGGGCUGACACCGCUAAAUGCCACCCUCGGCUUCUGUCUGUAUGAGCUGGCACUGCAGCCGGAGCUGCAGGAACGCGUCCGCUCCGAGAUUGAGAAGACGUUGCUCCAACAUAAUGGACAAAUAACAGUUGAGUUGCUCAAGGAGCUGACGUACACGACUCAAGUCUUGAAUGAAACGCUUCGCUUGCAUACGCCUUAUCCCUUUCUGCUGCGACGUGCUACCAGGGAAUUCGAGCUGAAGGAGUCGGUGUUUGUGAUUGCGCGUGGCAACAAUGUGAUUAUACCCACAGCAGCCAUCCAUCGAGAUCCCGCCAUCUAUGUGGAUCCACUGAAAUUCGAUCCGGAUCGCUUUGAGGCGGCUGCGAUGCGUGCUCGCCCCGCAAUGUCAUUUCUGCCCUUUGGCGAGGGUCUUCGCGGUUGCAUUGCCAAGCAGUGGGCGCAACAGCAGCUGCUGGUUGGCCUCGUCAUCUUGUUGCAGCAACACAAGUACGCCCCCUGUGCCGAAACACAAAUUCCCAUGCAAUAUGAUGAUGGCAAAUUGUUGUUAAUGCCAAAAACUGAAAUACAACUCAGUGUGGAGCGGGUAGGGUAGUUAUAAUUGUUUCUCUGGUACUUUUAAUGUUUUUCUUUGUGUUUUUGUGUACAAAACGCUUAUUUUGUUUGUUUUAUGUAUUUUUAUAUGCGCACUUUUUAUUUAUUUUGUGAGCACUAGGCUUGUGUGAUAUGCUGCUGACGAUGAUACCUUAAAUUUUGUAGCUUGUAAGUUUGUCGAAAUGACCCACAUCAGAAACAAAUUAUUGAACAAAUAAAUAUCGUAAUUGUUAUUAAAUCGGAAAAGAAA